ACAGGAAGGAAACUUACAGCAGCUCAGGUGCGUUCCGACUGUUUACAGGUUCCCGGAAGUUACUCUUUCUUUUUGUUCCGGGUGCUGCUGCGAUGGCAGGUGUUUUUGACUUGGACCUGGAAACGGAGGAGAAGAGUGAAGAGAACGAGCCGGAUGACGACUCUGAGAUAGUGGGAUUUUGUGGUCUUGGGUCUGACUCUUCUUGUACUGAGUAUGAUCUUGCAGACAGCAGAAUCUGCCCGGGGCAGGAGACCCUCUCCCCACAAUGCUUUCACAUACUCCGGGUACUGGGACGAGGCAGUUAUGGAAAGGUUUUUCAGGUGAGGAAGGUGACCGGCUCAAAUUCGGGAAGAAUUUUUGCUAUGAAAGUUUUGCAAAAGGCGCUGCUAAUUUGUCAUGCUAAAGAUACUGAGCACGCAACAGCAGAGCGCAGUGUCCUGGAGGCCGUCCGACACCCCUUCAUUGUAGACUUGGUGUAUGCGUUUCAAACCCACGGAAAACUCUACCUGAUUCUGGAGUGUCUGAGUGGUGGGGAAUUGUUCCUGCACUUGGAAAGAGAAGGGAUCUUCAUGGAGGAUACAGCCUGCUUCUACUUGGCAGAGAUUACCCUUGCUCUAGGACACCUGCAUUCUCUGGGGAUAAUAUACAGGGAUCUGAAACCAGAAAAUGUCAUGCUUGGUGCCCAUGGUCACAUCAAACUCACUGACUUUGGACUGUGCAAGGAGUCAAUUCAUGGAGACAGCAUGACACACACCUUCUGUGGAACCGUAGAGUAUAUGGCCCCUGAAAUUUUUGCUCGCAAAGGACACAACCGGGCAGUGGACUGGUGGAGUCUAGGGAUUCUGUUGUACGAUAUGCUGACUGGUUCACCCCCCUUUACUGGAAACAACAGGAAGAAGAUCAUCGACAAGAUUCUGAAAGGAAAACCAUCAUUCCCGCCUUAUCUUACACCAGAUGCCUGCGAUCUCUUGAAGAAGCUUCUGAAGAAAAAUCCAUCUCAAAGGCUGGGAUCUGGACAAGCGGAUGUGGCGGACAUUCAGAAACACCCGUUUUUCAGACAUAUCCAUUGGGAGGAUCUUCUACAGUGUAAAAUAGAACCACCAUAUAACCCUAACCUGAUUUCUGAGGAUGAUACAAGUCACUUUGGUGCUCACUUCACCAGGCAGACACCUAUAGACAGUCCUGAUGCAAUCAUCAGUGAGAGUGCAAACCAGGCAUUCUUGGGUUUCACAUACAUAGCUCCAUCUGUUUUGGACAGUCUUCGAGACGUCUUUAGCUUCCAGUCUUGGCAUCAAUCACCCCACCCUCAACCACACAGUCCAGGAAGUCAUCCUUCCAUUCCGCAGAAUGAGAUGAAGUCCCAAGAAUCCUCUCAGCCACUUCCAAUUUCAUCAAAAGGACGGAAAACUAAAGGGCGACGAGGUGUAUGAGCCACACUAA